CACUGACUGGCACCGAGGCAGGGUCGGAGUAGAGCGGGUGCAGGAUGGACGAGGACGUGCUGACCACUCUGAAGAUCCUCAUCAUUGGCGAGAGUGGGGUGGGCAAGUCCAGCCUGCUCCUGAGGUUCACAGACGACACCUUUGAUCCAGAACUUGCAGCAACAAUAGGUGUUGACUUUAAGGUGAAAACGAUUUCAGUGGAUGGAAAUAAGGCUAAACUUGCAAUAUGGGAUACAGCUGGUCAAGAAAGGUUCAGAACAUUAACUCCCAGCUAUUAUAGAGGUGCACAGGGAGUUAUAUUAGUCUAUGAUGUCACAAGAAGAGACACCUUUGUUAAACUGGAUAAUUGGUUAAAUGAAUUGGAAACAUACUGUACAAGAAAUGACAUAGUAAACAUGCUAGUUGGAAAUAAAAUUGAUAAGGAAAACCGUGAAGUCGAUAGAAAUGAAGGCUUGAAAUUUGCACGCAAGCAUUCUAUGUUGUUCAUAGAGGCAAGUGCAAAAACCUGUGAUGGUGUUCAGUGUGCCUUUGAGGAGCUGGUUGAAAAGAUCAUCCAGACACCUGGACUGUGGGAAAGUGAGAACCAGAACAAAGGAGUCAAGCUGUCCCCCAGGGAGGAGAGCCACGGGGGAGGAGCCUGUGGCGGUUACUGUUCUGUGCUAUAAACUCUGGGAAGCCGUCUCUUGCAUAUUGGAUCGGAUAGUGAUAUCUCUCUGUAUAUAAACUCUUAACUGCUAAUAGGGACCUUGCAGUUUGCACAUAAUUGUUUUUAUCAUGGCAGUGAGUAUUUGCAAGAAACCCCUCGUUGGCUUUCCCAGGUGAAGCGGUGUGGUAAGCAUGCAGUUUGCAGUCUAUGGGGUUUUUUGAGGGGGGGGUUGUUUUUGUUUUUGUUUUUGGUGUUUUUUGUUUUGGGUUUUUAUGUAACGUAAAAUAGAUGUACCUUCAUGAGUACAUUUGAUUUUAUGAUUUACAUUUAUCAUGUCAUUUUAAAAACAUCUGUCUAGUAUGUGUUGCUGCAAGUCUGCUUUUGUUUUCCCUUUUGCUUAAUUACUGAAUUACUUGGUAUGUAGAACUAGAACCAUGGGGAGGUUCCCCUUGAGGAAUAACAAAGCAUGAUUCACAGCUUUUCUAGGAUGUUUUAGAGUCUUAGUACUAAGUAAAAUUCUCAGUUCAGAAUAUAGCCCAGGCCAAUUCCUAAUUAAAUCUCUAUUUGUUCUGAUGAUGCUUCCAAAAUAGUAUUGCUAAUUUAAGGAAGUUUGGUAUUUACUUUACUCCAUGAUUAGCUCAGUUAUCCAGACAUUAACCCCGUGUUGCACACACUGGGUUCCUGGUCUUGGUGCAGUGUUUUGGUUACAUGGCAUCAGGCAGGCUUUCCUCCAUUUGGGUUUCAGAAGAACAUAAACAGUGUAUUACAGCUCCUUUAAUACUCCACUUUAAAACCAACGUGCUUUUUCACACGUGUUGGUAGUGUUUGUCCAGGUGCCUCAGUUGUAACUUGUUGUGUAAUGACUGUCUGUAUCUUAUGGCUUCCAUAAAUGGCUAGUUGCUAUUCAGAAACACAUUUUUGUGAUUUGAAGAUGGGGAAGGGAAACACUAUAAAUGACAAUUUGAGAAAUGUCUGUUGUUCCAAACUCUGACUGGCGGGGAGAUGCUAUUGCAGUGAGAUCGUUGAUAAGUUACUGUAACAAGUAGCCACUAGUUUGUUAAAAACCAACCUGUACAGAUUAAUAAACUUUUUCCACAAUA